AUUAAGAUUUUUUUUCUCCAUUACUUAUUCUAUACUUGUAGUUUAAAUCUUAACACAUUAAAGAAAUUAUCAUUUAGCAUUUAUUUUGUAAAGUGACCUUGCAAGUGCUUCCCAUGCUUAUGAGUGAUAUAGCUUUUUUUUUUUAAAAGUAUUGAUAUAGUUUCGUUUAGAGUAAGACUUAUGUUAUGAUUAUGUUCCCUUGUGCUUAUUCUUAGUUUGCCACUAGUAUGAGACUCUGUUCUUAGUUGGGUUCUUGUGACUCUACAUUGCUUUGUUGGACUUUGGUUCUUCUUUUCCUAGCUAGUUUCAUUUAAUGUGUUAAGAUAUUAUUGUCUGCCUUAAUAUGGUUUGGUUUUUAUCAUGAAUAGUGAUGGUGCAGCUGCAUUAGUCCUAGUGAGUGGAGAGAAGGCAGUUCAACUUGGAUUGCAAGUAAUUGCAAAGAUUAAGGGCUAUGCUGAUGCAGCUCAGGCACCUGAAUUCUUUACAACUGUUCCAGCCCUUGUGAUACCAAAAGCUAUUUCAAAUGCUGGUUUAGAUGCUUCUCAGAUUGAUUACUAUGAAAUAAAUGAAGCGUUUUCUGUAAGAUUUUAGUACUUGUAAUCCCUAUACUGUGAGUUUGGAGAAAACUAGAUAAUUUCUUUCAAGUUGAUUUACUCUUAAGUCUGAAAUGUAUGCUAUUUUAAAUGUGAUCACUCUUCCAUUUUCUGCAAUUUGUAUAGUCAUUCAUCUGUCCACAAUG